UUAAUACGGUUGCGGUGUUGUUUGUGAAAUCAAUAUGUUCCCCUUAUUGUGAUCGUUCCGAGACAAGACAAUCAACCAAAAUUAUUAGAUAAGAUGUAGUUGCAUACGAUGAUGUUAUGAACUGGUUCUUCUUUUCAGUUAUUCAAUUCAAUUCAAUUCAGUUCUAUUCAGUUAAUUAUAUCCAAUCAGGUAGUUCUAACACUAAGCCAAUCAUAUUCGAGAAGCGUGACAAUCACGUGUUUUUAGGUGACGUCACUCACUUAAAAACAUACACGCUAGAUUUUAUUCUUAAACUUACCGAAAUCCUGAUUUCGAGUUCUACCGGAAUAUCCAUGUCGAUGUCCGUGUCUACCGGAAUAGUGCGGACCGGACCGGUAGUGACUGGUGAGCGGAGAGUUAUGAAGAGAAAGUCAUUACAAAAGGGAGGACGCUUUUAUAUCAAACAUCUGGGAGAUUGA